UCGACAACCGGGGCAGAAAAGACUUAAGAGAGACAGUUUUAUUUAUUGACUAAACAUUUUAUAGUUGGUAGAAAUAAUGACUAUUUCUGUAGAAAUAGUGAAAACUGGUUAUUCAUUUGUUGAUAAUGACAAAAACAUAAUGAAAGCCAACUGCACCUGUACUCUAGUAAAAGAAGGGAGCAUCUCCGUGAUAGUUGAUACAUUAACAGCUUGGGAUGGUGCUUUUUUAUUGAAUGAAUUGGAGAAAAAAGGUCUAAAGCCGAGUGAGAUAACCCAUGCAAUAGCCACACAUGGACAUUCAGAUCACAUUGGAAACCUGAACUUAUUUACCAAUGCUCUUCAUAUUGUUGGUCAAUCAGUGUCAAGACAAGAUGAAUAUCUCUUGCAUAAUUUUGAGGAUCAACCUUAUAAAAUAUCUGAGAAUAUAGAAGUAAUUGCUACUCCUGGUCAUACAUUAUCAGAUGUCAGCAUCAUUGUAAAAAAUACUGCAUUAGGUGUUGUUGCUAUUGUUGGUGAUUUAUUUGAAAAACAGGAAGAUAUUUCAAAUCCACAUGUGUGGCAAGUAAUUGCAGGAAGUGAAAAUGAGGAUUUGCAAUUUAAAAAUAGAGAAAAGAUACUGAAUUCUGUUGAUUACAUAAUUCCAGGACAUGGACCUGGGUUUGUUGUAACUGAAGGUUUACGAGGAAUUCAUAAGUCAACAAAAUUAUCAGCAUUGGCGCUAGCUGUUGAAGAGCCCAGGGCAGAAGAGAAAUAGUGGGUUGGCAAAAAGAGAGGGUGAGAAAGAAAUUGAAAUUAAAGCAUUUAUGGCUGUAAAUAUCAAUUUAU